AUGUUCGCCGCACGACAAGCCACAUCGUCCGUCUUCGGUGCCGUCCAGCGUCGCGCCUUCAGCGCAUCCGCUGCCAAUGCUACUAAGGUUGCUGUCCUCGGUGCAGCAGGCGGCAUUGGUCAACCAUUGUCCCUCCUCCUCAAGCUCAACCCAAGAGUCAGCGAGCUCGCUCUUUACGAUAUCAAGGGAGCUCCUGGUGUCGCAGCCGACAUCUCGCACAUCAACACCAAGAGUGUAGUCAAGGGCUAUGAAGCCUCGGCAGAGGGCAUCAAGGAAUGCUUGUCUGGCGCCGAGAUCGUCCUCAUCCCAGCCGGUGUUCCUCGCAAGCCAGGCAUGACCCGUGAUGACCUCUUCAACACCAAUGCCUCCAUCGUCCGUGACCUCGCCAAGGCCGCCGCCGAGUCCUCCCCAGACGCCAACAUCCUUAUCAUCUCCAAUCCCGUCAACAGCACCGUCCCGAUCACCGCUGAAGUCUUCAAGAAGGCCGGCGUCUACAACCCCAAGCGCCUCUUCGGUGUCACUACCCUCGACGUGGUCCGCGCCUCUCGCUUCAUCUCCCAGCUCAAGAGCACCGACCCUGCCAACGAGAACAUUACAGUGAUUGGUGGACACUCUGGCGCGACCAUCGUGCCUCUCCUCAGCCAGUCUGGCUACACCCUCGAGGGUGCCGAGCGCGAUGAGUACGUGAAGCGUGUGCAAUUCGGUGGUGACGAGGUCGUGCAAGCCAAGGGCGGUGCUGGAUCCGCCACCCUCUCCAUGGCCAUGGCCGGUGCUCGUUUCGCUGAGUCCCUCCUCAAGGCCGCUCAGGGACAGAAGGGCGUGAUUGAGCCUACUUUCGUCGACUCGCCACUCUACAAGGACCAGGGUGUCACCUACUUCGCCUCGAACGUCGAGCUCGGCCCUAACGGCGUGGAGAAGAUUCACCCGGUUGGCAAGCUUACGGAGCACGAGCAGAGUCUGCUGGAGGUGUGCUUGAAGGAUCUCAAGGGCAACAUUGAGAAGGGUGAGAAGUUCGCCAAGGAUAACUUGUAG